AUGUAUCCUUCCUCUAACGUGAGUAAUCUAAACCCUAAUUCUCGUUUGAAAAACAGAAACAUGAAAAGAAGGAGCAUGGAGAGUAACCUCCACUGGGAUGUGAUUCAUGAAAUUCUGUUGAGGUUACCUGUGAAGUCACUUGUUCGUUUCAAAAGUGUGUGCAAAUCAUGGCAUUCUCUCAUCUCUGAUCCUCACUUUGCAAAUUCUCAUUACGAGCUAUCUGCCGCACCCUCGCACAAGCUUCUCCACAUAGCAUCUGUUUCUGAAGCUCGAUCCAUCGAUGCUUAUGCAUCGCUUAACGAUGAUUCUUCCGUUAGGGCUUUUCCUUAUAGAAAGAUGUCCAAGGAAAAGCCCGCGGCGGAAACACCACUACUUAUAGAAAGAGGUUUCCACAGAGAACUGUCGUACUUUGAGAUAUUGGAAGAGUCUCAAUAUGAGAAGAUAUACCUAACUGGUUUUGGGUAUGACUCAUCCACUGAUGAUUAUUUGAUAAUAAUUGUGCUACGGCGUGAUGGUGAUAUAUGA